AUGUUUUCUUUUUAUCAGUCUGUUGAAUCCAGUUCAAUUACAAGUGUUUUUGAAAAACUCUAUGCUUAUCGAAAACAGUUUGAUAAAAUUGUUGUUUUUGGCGAUUGUCACAAAGCAAUUGUUGAUUAUGUUAUCAAUUAUCGUACAUACAUUGGAUCAUUGAAAGCAAUUUGGGGCAAUUUAAGCGGUGAAGAUGUUUGGCCAAAAUCAUGUAAUAAAAAUGGUUGGAUUGAAUUUAAAGGAUGUACAGAUCAAAUUUUACGUUAUAUUGCUGAACCAAAUGAAAAUAAACUACUUGAACGUAUUGAAAAAAUGGAUGAAAUCUAUGAUUUAAAUAAGAAUAAUUCAUAUUAUUUUAAUUUAAAAAUAAAAACACAAGAAAAUCUUAAUCAUAGUAUAUUAUCUAAAUGUGAUUAUUUUAGAUCAGGAUGGAGAUGUUGUCAGAUGUUUAUUUCAUCAACAUUUCGUGAUAUGCACGCUGAACGUGAUCUAUUAUGUGGUGUACUUAUACCUGCUUUACGUAGAAAAGUUGCAUUAAGUUUACGUGUUCAUUUAAAUGAAAUUGAUUUACGUUGGGGUAUACCGGAAACAGCUACAUAUAAUUCAAAAGCUUUAGAAAUAUGUUUAGGACAAGCAGCUGCAAGUGAUAUCUUUGUUUUAUUAUUGGGCGAUCGUUAUGGUUGUAUACCAAAAGAAUGUGAAGUGAAUGCAUUGCCCGAACCAUUAUUAUCUGAAGUGUAUAAAUUUUAUCGACCUGGAAUGUCUAUCACUGAAAUGGAAUAUCAAAUGGCUAGACAAUCUGUUAUGUUUAAACUGCCCAUUCAUGAAAAACAACAACCGAAUGAGAUAAGUUUUCAUGAAGCAAUACGUCAUCGAAUAUGUGUGUUCAUCAGAGAUUCAAAAUCUACAAAAAGUGUACCAAAUAAAUUGAAACAUUAUUUUCAAGAGAAUGAUAUUGAAAAAUUGAAUCGUCUUAAAGAUUUCAAAGAAUUAAUUCGUAAUGAUGGUGUAAUUGUUAGUCAUAAUUAUUCUGCACAAUUCAAUGGUUUAGUGAAUAAUUAUCCAAUGAUGGGAAAUUUAGAUGAAUUCGGUAGUCAAUUUCUUGAAACAAUUCAAUCUUUACUUUUACAUUUAUAUCCUAAUAAUAAUAACAAUAAUAAUAAUGGCGGUGAUAUUAGUACUAUUAGUAGUAGUAUUUCAACUUCUGCAAAUAAUUUGCCACUAGAUAUUAAUAAGCCACUGAAUACUAUUGAAUUCUUACGAGAAUAUGUUUAUUCAGUUGCAUGUGCUAUUGGACCACGUCAUCUUCUUGAAGUGGAACAAGCUUUUCAUGCAUUAACUGAACGUGGUCGUCAAGUUCACUUAACUCGUGCAAUUCAAUCAGCUGAUAAUAAAUUUAAUUUACAAAACAAUUCGAAUUAUUCAAAAAACCUUCGAGAUUGUGAUGGUAGUGUACUCUUGAUUGUUGGAUCGCCUGGUAGUGGAAAGACUACUUAUUUAUCUGCCCUAACAAUAUCAUUGAUCGAAUCCGGUUGGUAUACAUCAUCAUCAUCGUCGUCGUCAGCUUCAAUGAAUACAAAAGAACCAACAAUAUCUAGCUCACAGAAUUCUACAAUCAUGAAACACUCUAAAUCCAUCAUUACACGUCGUCCAUCACUCACUAAUAAACAUCAUCCUCAUCAUCAUCAUCGUUGUAUAUUGAUACAUUUCUCUAAUGGUCUGCCAAUUACUGGUCUAUCACCAAAACGUAAAUUAAAUGAUCUACUUAAAAACUGGUUAAAUCAAUUAAUUAGACAACUUGACAAUCUAUGUGAUUGUAAUGUUACAGUGAAAAAAUUAUUCAAUGAAUUGAAAUUAUCAUUGAAUUUGCAUAGAACACAAGUGAAUGUUGAUUUGAAAUUUAAUAUUCACUGCUUUACCCAACUCAUUCACUUUAUUGGCUACUUAAAUGAAGUACAGUUUGCCUUUUUAAUUGAUGAUUGUGAUCUGUUGGAACCAAUGACCUUGGAAUGGUUACCACAAAUUUUACCUAAGAAUGUUCGAUUUGUGCUAACAUGUGAUUCUAAAUCAUCAUUUGCUCAUUAUUUAUCUAAUCGUAUUGAUUGCCUACUCUUAACUGUAUCUGGAUUAACUACACAUGAACGUAGUGCAGCUGUACGUAGUUUACUAGGAAAAUAUGGAAAAGUUCUGAAUGAAUCGGGUUUUCGAAAUCAGUUAUCUAUUUUAAUUCAAAAACGUGACGCGAAUAUACCGCUUUACUUGAAAUUGGCUUGUGAUGAAUUACGUUUAUAUAGUACAUUUAAAGAGUUAAAUGCCAAAUUAAGACAACUGCCUGAUACAAUUUCCAGUUUAGUAUUAGAUGUAAUUAAACGUGUUGAAUUGAGUUGUGGAUCUGAAUUAACUCGAAUUACACUCGGUCUGUUGACUUGUUCACGUCGACCAUUAUCUACUGAAGAAUUACAUGAUUUAAUUGAUGACUGGUUAAUUGAAUCAUACAUGGAACAACACUACAACGAUGAAGAUUAUGCAAAUAAUAAUUCUUGGUCAAAAUUAAGCCUAUCAUUAGAUAAAUUGGAGAAUAUCAUGUCGAAUGAGAAGAUUAUUUAUCAACUAAUCAAUAAUCAUCGACACAAUUCAUCCAAUCAUAUUAAUAAUAAUAAUGAUUCACAAAAAUCGAUAUUAUCCAAUGGGCGACCACAUUUACCAUCACUUGCAUUGUAUAUUCUAUUAACUGGUCUUCAUCCUUUACUGUCUGGUUUCAAUGAUGAAGUAGGCAGAGAUGUUGAUGAAGUUGAUGAAGUUGACAAUGAUACUGAUGGUCCAGUGCAAACAAUCAAAAGACAACGUCUUACUCUUCGGAAUCUUGGUUCUCGAGCAAUAUCUUUCAGUAGUCGUGAAAUACACAAUCUAGUCUAUAAUAUUUGUUUUAAUCAAUCAAAAUGUAGCAGUGUUGGUUUAAAAAAAUACGAUUAUUCUUUUAAAAAUAAUCAUAGCAUGAAUGAUGACAAACGCACAAAAUAUCAUGAAAAUACGCAUAGUAAUGUAGUUCAUUUAAAAUCAGUCACUCUUGAAACGAUACAUAAUAUUUUGGCUGCAAAAUUACAAAAUACAAAAGAUCUAAUUUAUCAUUUGUAUCAUGCUGGUCGAUUACAUGAAGUGGUGUGUUUACUCAGUAGUCCAACAUUUAUUAUUCAUCAAAUUGAAUGUGGUUAUGGUUCAAUAUUAUUGGACGAUAUGAACAAAUACAUUACAACUUGUAGACAUCAUCAAUCUGGAUUGAAUGAUAAAAAUUCUACUCUACUAGAUUUUAUUGAGUCAAAUAAACUUAAAUCCAUGCAAACGUUUCUUGCAUCGAAUUAUGAAUUUCUAAUGAAACAUCCAUCUUCAUUCAUUGAAUUAGCUAUGAAUCAACAUGUUGACGAUUGGAUUCAUAAAAUUGGCUUUGCAUGUUUAUGGAAUUUAAACAAACAACAAGACGAGAAAAUCAAUACUGAUUUACAGAAAUUAUUUUUACGUAUUCAAUUAAAUCACAAUGAAUUUUCAUGUGUUACACCGAAACAUAUCAUUCAUCAACCAAUUGCAAUUCAUAAACCAAUCACCACUUCAUUAACUAAUUCACAAGAUAUACCAAUUUCAAUUGAACUUGAUCGAACUGGUCAUUUAUUAGCUUAUGGAACAGAGUCUGGUACAGUUAAUCUUGUUGAAAUGCAAUCAUUUAAGAUAAUAUGUUCAUUUCUUGGACACCAAAUGCCAAUACUUAGUUUAUGCUUUCUUGAUGAUAUCACUUAUGACAAUGUUACAAUUCAAUCAUUCCGUAAUUCCAAUUCACAAUUAUGGUUAGUUAGUACAAGUCAAGAUGCUAGUAUACUUGUAUGGGAUGUAUCAAAUCUGAUGAGAAAUGUGAUACAAGGAAUAACAAGUGUUGAUAUUGUCAGUUGUCAAUUGACUACCUCUUUAACUGGAUAUCACAAUAAAUCUGUCAAUGUAUCAGCUUGGCAUCCCAGACGUCAUUUAUUAGCUACUGGUAGUUUAGAUAAUUUAAUUUGUUUAUGGGAAAUGAAACAAUUAGGUUUUGGUUCAUAUUUUACAUCGAAAUUGUUAGCAGGUUGUAGAAAAAUUAGUCCAUGUAAAAAAUUGACUACUACAGCACCGAUUAAUUCAAUUGCUUUUCGUCUACCGAAUUAUACAUCUGACAAUGAAAUGUCUAUUAUUCCUGGACAAUAUUUACGUGAUGUUGUAACAGUUGGCUGUUGGGAUGGUUUUGUACAUGUUUAUAGUCUUGUAUCUAUGAAGAAGAUAAAAUCACUUGCAAUUUCAUCCUUUGCUAUAUGUUCAUUGGCUUAUUCACCGAAUGGUGGUAGACUAUUAGCUAUUCUUGAUAGAACUGGUCAAAGUUCCAUAUUGAAUGCAGAUACAUUUGAAUAUUUAGGUCGUUUAACUGACAAAGUGAAUAUUUCAUCGAUUGAACAAUUUACUAGUAUUGAUGAAUUAUAUCAUUUAUUACCGAAUCAAAAAGGUGUAUUGUGUUUUUCUCAACCAACUGGACGUUAUCUUAUUCAAACAGGCGGUGGAUCAUCUAUGGGUACAAUUAAUAUUUGGAAUUCUCAUCUUGGUGCACCUGAAGGUCCAUGGAUUAAUAUUAGUCGAAAUAAGGAAAAACUGAAACAAGCUGUAUUUGUCACAACUUAUAGUAUUGAUACAAAUGGAAAAUAUAUAGUAAAUGGAUGGAACGAUGGUCUUUUCACGAUUGCUCUAAUCAAUAAUGGUGAUACUGUAUACAUUUCAGAAAAAUCGAUUCUUAGCAGAAAUGAUACUUCAUCAGUUGAAGCUAUUGCUUGUGCUGAUUCACCCUUUGAUAAUGAUGCUAAUCUUAUUGUUAUUGGUCGGUCAUCUGGUGCAGUUGAAGUAUAUGAUUGUAGUUUCAAGCCUGAAGUCAAAGGAGAACAAGAUAAUAAUCUUACUGUUAAUAAUCUAUCCAUUAGACAUGUAAUCACUCGUCAUCCACAUUCAAUUGCAUAUGCAAAGAAUGUGACAGGUGAAGCCGGUGGUACUCUAUGCGUAGCUGCUUCUAAGUCGAUUGUAAUGAGUGGAGGUGGGAAUUGUCAGGCAUGGGUUUGUUUUAUCGGUUCCAGUCCAAAAUCAAAUUAUCUUCAACAACAUAGUGGACCAAUAACUGCUGUAGCAGUACAAAUGAAUUUUAUGGCUACAGGCUCUAAAGAUAAAAAUAUAGCUAUCUAUAGUUAUAAUUCAAAUACUACAACUGUAACACUUCAAUAUAUGAUACAUAAUGCUGCUAAUGAUUGGAUUACAUCAUUGAAAUGGUCGUAUACUUUAUGCAAUAAGCUAAAUAACAAAAAUACUUUAUUACUUGUUGGCAGUCAUGAUCAAUUAAUACGUCUGUAUAGAAUUAAAUCAAACAAAUAUACAUUGAAACAACGGCUUGUUUCACAUCAAUCUGAACAGAUUAAAUCACUUGAUUUCAAUUAUCCUUACAUUUUUUCGGCUACAUCUAAUGGUCAUGUAAAUGUAUGGCGAUAUAAUAGAAAAAAUAAAAAAUUUGAAUUGAUCAGUGAAAUGGUAAUAUCAUCAUCAUCAUCAUCAUCAUCAUCAUCAUCAUCAUCAUCACCUUUAGACAACUUCAAUUCCAAUAGAAUCAAUGAGAAUGUAGUGAAUCUAAUCAAAGUUCAAUCAUUUGAAUGUACUCCUUGUUAUAAUUCAUUGAAUAAGAAUUCGAUUGCUGAUGAAGACAAGGUGAGCGAGACAUUAGCACGCCACACUUCAAAUGAUGUUGACGAUGAUGAUGAGGAUGAUGAUGAUGAUGAUGAUGAUGAUGCAGACGAAUAUUCCGAUGAAACAAUCAAUCAAUACUCAGAGAAAAAAAACACAAUGACUGUGAACAAUCAUGCCGAUGAUGAUGUUGAUGAUGAUGAUGCUGCUGCUCAUCCUUUCAAUGAAGAUGCACAAACAGAAUUACAAAUAUUCAACAAUGGUGUUCAUCGUUCCUUCACGAAACAAUUACACAAUAGAACUAAUAUAAAACUAUUGAUUGGUCAAACGAUUACAUUAUGUUCCGGUGCAAGUAACAUUGAAGAAUUUCAAUUUCGAAUUUAUGAACCAUUACUAACAAGUUAUCAUGCUACUUUCAGUGGUCAUGCUGGUUUAAUUCCAUGUGGAUUAAGUUGCGCAAAAUCUAUCGACUACAAUAAUGACGAUAUAUUACUUGUUAGUGUAGCUGGUAAAAAUUGCAAUUCUGCAACAAUUGGUUGUGAUAUACGUGUAUGGAAUGUGCCUUUAUCAAAUGAUUCAUUAUUAUUAUCUAAACCAACUCUUCAACAUACUGGACUAGUUCAAUGUGCAGAUUAUUUAAACAUAACAAGUAAUUUACAAAUUUGUAUUACUGGUUCCACAGAUGGAGAUUGUAUUGUAUGGUGUAUUUCUAAUAAUUCUUCGUCAACUUAUCAAACAUCCACCUGUCAAUCCAAUCAAUUGAUUAUUAAUUCUACAUAUCAACCAUUAAUACGUUUAGUGAAUUCUUAUACAAAACCUAAAUACAGUAUCAAUAGUAUUGUUACACAAACAUUACAAAAGAACAAGAAGAAUAUUCAUGACACUGAUAGUUCAAUAGAUUAUUUUAUAUUUAUUGCAUAUGGUUAUGAGAUAGUGACACUGCAUAUUCAUUGUAAUCAUGAGAUUGUAAUGAAUGAAACGAAUAUUAAUUUAGAAAAUAUGUUGAUAGGAUUAUUUACAAAUAAAACUGAACUGAAUCUUACAUUUGAUAAAUUACAAAAAUUAUGGUCAAACAGAACAAUUGAUGGUUAUGCUGAAAUUUUAAAAAUGAAAACAGAACACAUUGUUGUCGACAUGUCUGUUUUGCAUCAUGAACCAGUUAAUGUGAAUCAAUGUGGUGUUGUAGCACUUUUAUCUAAUGGUGAAGUGGUUAUUAUUCCAUUCAAAUGUAAAAAUGAUGCAAUCACACGUCUUCGUGUUCGAGAUAAUUGUAAUCUUUCAAGUCAUUGGUGCAGUUCACUAUGUACAUAUCCAGAUGGUAUACUUGUAGCACAUGAUGGAUUAGCUUUUGAUUACAAGUUUAAUGAUUCAACUAAUGUAUUCUCUUCACUUCAUGGAUCAAUCAAUAAUACUUUGAAUAAUAUUCAUAUUGACAAAAUUGAACCAGUUUGUUUACAACAUGGAAACAAUACUAAGUUAUGUUAUAUUGUUACAAGCAAAUUGAAAUCAGCGCCAAGAAUUAUUAUUAUUCUGUUCAAUAAUAGUGAAGGUGAUUCGCUAUUGGAUAUAUCGUUGGAACAAAUGAAUUUACAAGUCACUGCUUAUUGCAUCGUCUCAACACAUCUUGACAACAAUGAAAGUUUAAUAGUAUAUUUGUUAUUGGCAACAUCGGACAGUGUUUUACGUUUGUUUAAAUGUUCCAUGAAUAUUUUGAAUGAAUCGACGAAAUUAAACAAAUGGGAACAGAUCAAAAUUUAUCCAACUGGUGAACAGAUUGUCAAAUUGAUCACUAUCAAUCAAGAUCCAAUGAGAAUUAUGUGUUGUUUUCAAAAUGGUCAAAUUGAUUUAUAUACAAUAAAAUAAUCAAUAAGUACACAUGUCUUUUUUUUAAUCAUCUAUGUAAUUUGUGACAUACAAUGAUGAUUAUGACUGAAUUAUUAUUAUUAUUAUUAUUAUUUUUAUUAUCUGAUUUUUACUAUUUUUUCUAUCAUGUAUUUUAAUCUAUUUUUUAUUGUUGUUAUUUUGACUGAAAACAAUAAAUAUACUGAUAGUAAAAUCAACAA